AACCCAAGCAUAACAAAACACUUCACUUCAAACUAAAUCUUCAAAGUCAGAGCAAAGUAGUUGCAAAGCAAACAUGAAGAAAGCCGCAGAGUUAAUCUUCUUCUCCAUGCCCGGAGUUGGCCACGUCGUGUCCACCAUUGAAUUCGCAAGGAGCUUAAUCGAACGCAGCAACAGUCAAUUGUUCGUCAGCAUCGUUGUCAUGAAGUUUCCGACCACUCCUUUUGUUGAUCCCUACGCCAAGUCACUCACUGCUUCUGAACCAAAUAUGCAGCUUGUUGAUCUUCCUGACAACAUUGAAGGUAUGCCCACCUUAGAAGUUUUUAAAAAAUCUGUCCCUGGUUACUAUAACGCUGUUAUUGAAUGCUACAAGCCCCAUGUCAGAACUAUUGUUUCUGACAUGAUUUCUUCCCGAUCUGCCCCUGAUUCCGUUCCUAUUGUCGGUGUAGUUCUUGAUAUGUUUUGUGAUUCUUUGAUUGAUAUUGGAACUGAGUUUGGUCUCCCUUCUUAUGUUUACUCCCCAACUGGUACGCCUUUUUUGAGUCUUAUGUUUCAUAUGCCUACUCGCCAUCAACAGAUUGGCUCCGAGUUUAGCUUAUCGGAUCCUGCUACCCCACUUCCGGGCAUCGCCAAUCCUAUGCCUACUAAAUGCUUGCCUGAUGCCGUUUUUAAUAAAGACGGCGGCUAUCAUUCUUAUCUUAACGUUGGUCAAAGAUUCAAGGAUGCCAAAGGUAUUUUAGCUAACACGAUUUAUGAGCUGGAGUCUCAUGCGGUUGACUAUCUUAACAGUCACCACACCCCUAAGAUUCACCCUGUCGGACCCGUGCUGCACCUGAAGAGUCAGCCUCAUCCAGACAUGCAACAGGGUCGAUGGCAGAAGGUAACCAAUUGGCUUGAUGAGCAGGCUGAAUCUUCUGUCAUUUUCCUCUGUUUCGGAAGUUCUGGAUCUCUGAGUGCAACUCAGGUGAAAGAAUUGGCCACUGGGCUCGAGCAAAGUGGGCAGAAAUUCUUGUGGUCGUUGCGUCUUCCUCCUGUCAAACUCGAGGAGCCUCAGUUCAAGAGCGUAGAGGAGAUGUUGCCGGAAGGAUUCUUAGAAAGAGUGGAAGGAAGGGGAGUGGUGUGCGGAUGGUCGCCUCAGGUUGAGGUGCUUGCCCACAAGGCAGUAGGAGCCUUCGUAUCUCAUUGCGGAUGGAACUCAAUCUUGGAGAGCUUGUGGUAUGGAGUGCCCAUUGUGACACUGCCUAUAUACGCAGAGCAGCAGCUUAAUGCAUUCGUGCUGGUGAAAGAACUGGGGAUAGCAGUGAAUCUGAGAAUGGAUUUCUCGCCUAAGCUUGAUCUUAUAACAGCUGAUGAGGUGAAAACAGCUUUGACAUCUGUAAUGGAACCUGAUAAUGAGGUGAGAAAGAAGGUGAAAAGCCUGUCAGAAAUUUCUAGAAAUGCUCUCAAGGAAGGGGGAUCUUCAUACAAUUCAAUCUCCGAAUUCAUGACGGAGUUACUGGGCAGCAGCUGGAGCGACUAAAUUGAAUUCUAAGGUAAUUAAGUUUGGCAUAUCACGUAGUAUCAAUUGGUGACAUUCCAUAUUUAGCGUUCACGUUUGCUAUUUGCUGUUUUUGUUAUUGGUGUUGUCGAAUAACAGACCAAUCGAUUUGCUCCUUUUAAGGUUGUUGUUGUUGUGUCAUGGUUUAAGGUGAAAUAAUCGAACAGUAUGUUGGUUUAUGUUA